GAGAGCUCCCCAGAUACCUCUUCGCGCAAGAACCAGCCAUCUUUCCUCAGGGGAUGCUGUAAAGCCGAAUCGAGGUCGAUGGGAAAGUUCCUGGCGGAUGAGGAUGAGGCCGACUCUGAGGACGACUUGGAGGAUCGGCAAAAUCUCCAAAGAGCCAAGCGGAAGUGGCCCGUGCAAUGGUACGUGAAGUUUUGGCACGAUCCCAACCACGAGUGGCAGAAAUACUGCAAUUGCAUGUUCUUGAGCGUCGCGCGUGGCACCACAAACUUGGUGGAAGCCUGUGGCUACCUGGCAGUGGGCACACUCUAUGGUGGUUAUGCCGAAGCGUGGGCUUUCUGGGCAGUGCAGAUGCUGUUCUCUGUGAUCAACGUCAUGGUGGUGAGAUUCCUGAUUGGCAAGUUCGAAAGGCCCGAAAGGGAUUCUGCAGACAAGGACUGGCGCGACUGGCUUCUGAAGCCCAACCGCCCCUUCCUUUUGGCCUUCGUGGUGGCUUCGGGCCCUUUGUGGUGUGUCAUCGCAGCUGCGACUUCCUUUGAGAUGCUGGAUCGGUUCCUCAUUCCUACAUGCUACGGCACCCACACAGUGGUGAACAUGUACUUCGUCUGGUGGCUGGAUCACUUGACAGAGAACAUGAAGCCCAUCGUUGAGGAGGAGGAGGAGGCUCCGAAGAUCAGCUCGAGCUCGGGGGUGUUGGAGUAA